AUGUACCAAGCGAUCCCCUACAACGCUGACCGGCUGCCGGCGUGCCCGCGGCGGUCCGAGCAGGCCGAGGCCGAGGGCGCGGCCGGACAGGAGAGCGGGCUCGCGGCUCGACGACGCGGCGGCGAGGGACGACGGCAGGGAGGUGGUGAGGAGGGCGCAGUUCUUCCAUACCAACUUAGCUUCCCGGCCGAGCUCGCCGCGGCGGUGGCCGGGAACGCUGGAGGCAAGGCUGUCGUCGCGCUGCCGGCGGUCUUCGUCGGUGGGAGGAUCCUCGGUGGGCUCGAUUGGCUCAUGGCCGUGCACAUCUCCGGCGAGCUCGUGCCCAUACUCAAGGACGCCGGCGCGCUCUGGCUCUGA